AAACCCGAAUCUGUCUUGCAAGAAACCCUAAUCUGUGUAUAAAGCCACUGGUUUUCUUUCCCUUCUUCAGUUUACUUUCACUUUGGCUCUUGAAACUGUGAUAUCUUCUCUUUUUUUGUGACGAGCUGAGAUCCAUUUCAUUCAAAAUCCUAGCCCUAACAGUGCUUUUCUUACAAUCCUGAACCAUUCUUUUGAAGGGCAACUGGUUUUCUUUUUGAGAUUUGAUUGCCAUUUCUGGUGGCCUGCAACUUUUUUUUGCUCAAAAAACUCUAGUGUCAAUUCUUAAAGCACAGAGAACCAUUUUUCAAAUACUCAUCUUUAUCUAUUCAAUCAACAAUUUGGUAAGCUAACAUCCAUUCUUCCCAAAUACUGACUAGCAAUCCGAGAUUUGUUAAGUUUGAAGAUCUCAAACCCUAGUGACCUUGUUUUCUUGUGGGGUAGUUCAGCCGUAGGAAUAACCCUAGUGACCUUUGUAGGUAUAGGAAUCAUUGUUUUCCAGCGUCCCUGAAAGGCUAAUUUGAGGUGAAAUUUCAAUAAUGGAAACCUUGUCAAACUUCCACGGGAUGGAUUUCCAUAGCCUUUCAAGGAAGGAGCUUCAGGCGUUGUGCAAGGCGCAUUGCAUUAAGGCGAACAUGAGCAAUGUAGCCAUGGCUGAUGCUCUGAAAGAACUUGGAGAUUUUGAAGGAUCAAAAGUCCAACUAAGCGAGGACUGUUCAGAGUCAUGCCUGAUGGAAAAUGUUGAAAUGACCCCAGCAAUUGGUCAGAGGACUUCAACAAGAAUUUCAAGUAGGAGAAGGAUGAAUGUAAAAGAAGAAGAACCCGUCCUUUCAUUGCCUAGGAGGAGUUGCAGAGGCAGGAAGAAAGAAACAGAACAAAAAGAGGUUGCUAAUUCCUUGAGUAUUUGUUCUGAUCUUCAGUUGAAGAUGAAGAUUGAAGGAACAACUAAUUUAAGUGAAUCAGAAAAUGCCCAAUUUCCGGCACAAAACUUAAAUGAAGAAUCAACAAAUACAUUUGUGUCUGAAAAUGUGGGCGAAAUCUCCUUGGAUAGUGGGGGAAGAACUUCAACUAGAGCUUCAACCAGGAGGAGAAGGAUGGGUGGCAAACAGGAAGAUUUAUGCCUAUCUUUGCCAAGGCGCAGUUGCAGAGGGAGGAAGAAAGAGAUGGAUGAAUCCAUGGACGUCGCUGAUUCUUCCAGCAUUUGCUCUGUUCCCUUGAAGAUGCAGAGUCCAAUACCACAAAUGCUUGAAAAGGUCUGUCUUACUACAUCAAGAAGAUACAAUCGGAGAGUUCAAGAGGAUAAGAAAAUCCAGACAACUGAGACCGAACACAAGGAAAUGAACAGCUCUCCAGAAUCUGGCAUCUCCUAUGAAAGAACAAAUUAUCGUCAAUUGGAAAAAUUGUUGCACACUGGCAGGAAAAGCACACUUAGAGGUUGGAAUCAGAAAAUUGUUGUAGAGGAAAACUGUAGCAGAGAUCCAAAUGAAGGAGAUGCUGUUGCUCAUGCUUACUCCGAUAAAACAGUUGCCGAGGCAUCGAUAACUGAUGAUAAUACUGACUUUGUGGUUCCUUUUGAAGUUGAAACAACUGGUAUCACAGGGGAUGAGAAAUGUGGCGAAGACCCAAGUGAAGAAGUUAACUGUUCAAUGCAUAUGGCAUCUGGGAACUCUGUUCAAGUUGGAGAAACUGAGAUAACUGAAGAGGAGACUUUACAGCCAGAAAAUCUUGGCACUGAGGAUGAAAAGUGUAGCAUAGUCCCUGUAGCUCAUGCUUAUUCUGAUCAGACAGUUGCAGACACGUCAAUAAUUGAUGAUAAUGCUGACUUUGGGGUUACUGUAGGAGUUGAAAAAACUGGAAUCACUGAGGAUGAGAAAUGUGGUGAAGACCCAAGUGAAGAAGAAGUUAACAGUCCUAUGCAUAUGGCAUCUUGGAACUCUCUUCAAGUUGGAGAGACUGAGAUAACUGAGGAGGAGACUUUACAGCCAGAAAACCCUGGCACUGAAGAUGAAAAGUGUAGCAUACACCCUGUUGAAGGCAUUAAGAGUUAUUUGGAUAUGGCUUCUGGCCACUUUGAUCAAGUUGCUGAGAUAAUGAUAACUGAUAAUAGAGAUACAUUGGCUCCUACUAAUGUUUCUAGAGAGAUUCUGGCGAUUGACAAGGCUUUCAGGCAACCAGAAACUGGGGCCAUGGAGGAUGAGAAGUGUAGUAUAGACCCAAUCGAAGGAGUUAACACUUAUUUGGAUAGGGCAUCCAACUCUUCGGUACAAGUUGGGGAGAUUGUGAUCACUAAUGACAGUGCCUUUGGGGAUGAUAUGUGUAUUAUCAACCCAACUGGCAGAGUUGAUAAUUCUUUGGAUGUAGCAUCUGAGUCCUUCGUUCAAGUUGGAGAGAUGGUGAUAACUGAUGAUAAUGAUACUGUUUGUCCUACUAAACAUUCUGGUGAGAUUCCAGCAAUCGAUGAAACAUUCCAGCAGCUAGAAACUGGUUUCACUGAAGAUGAGAAGUAUUUGAAAGACCGAACUGGAGUUGAGAGUUCUUUGGACAUGACAUCUAACUCCAAGGAUCAUGUUGGAAAGGUGGUGGUGAUAACUGAAAACGGUUACCUCGAAUCCAUGGAGUCUUUGGCAAUUGGGGAGAUCUCAAAGAAGCCGGAAGUUGAGUACAUUGAGGAUGAAAAGUGUAUUAAAGAUGCAAAUGUAGGAGUUCAAAUGGCUUUGGAAGUUGGAGGGGCAUUGAUUACUAAUGCAGAUGCUAGUGAGUUUUCGACAACUGGAGAGACUUUCAAGCAGCCAGAAACUGACGAGAGCAUUGAGAAUGAAAAGAGCAAUGAACACCCAAGGGAAAGAAAUGAAAGUUCUUUGGAAAUGGCUCUGGCGGACUAUGAUGAACAAGCUGUAGAGCAAAAGAUUUCCAGCAGAGAGCUUGAAAAUGAAUGUAAUGAAAAUGCUUCUUCCUUGAAUUUAGAGUCUUCUGAUUAUGAUUAUGGUAAAGAGACUGUUGAUUCAAGAGAUAAAGAUUUCAGAGACCAAGAUAACGAAUCUUUGAAAAUGGUUUCUGGUUAUGACAUUGCAAAGAUGAAUGAUGAUGUUGUUGUUGUUGUUGAAGAAUUAAAUAUGGGUGCUGGUGGGUUUAUCAGCAAAAUUCCCAGCGAGUUUCCAAUGGUCAAUGAAACUUCUCUGCAACCUGAUACAUGUGAUUUAGAAAGAGAAAACAUGACCAACCCCACUCACAUUUUGGCCAAUGGAAAUGUUUUCGAACCUCGCCAAAUCAAAGACAAUGCAUUCUCCAGCAAAUUACUUGAGGGCAAAGAGAAUCCAUCAGAGAGUUUGGAUGAAAACCAACAGCUUAAAAAUAAGUGCAAUGAGGGUAGUGAUCGGAAGACAAUGGCUAGAAGUGUUGGGAGAACAGAAGAGGACAAGGAUAAUAGAGAGAGAAAGGAGUCGAAGGAUUUGACAGGGAAGAGUCUAAGGAAGCUUCGUGCUUUAUUGAAGGAAACGAUCAAGUUAAAGAAGGAAAGAGCUCCCUUGAAAGAGUUAUUGGAAAAUUGUUAGCAUGACAAAGAAAAGAUUGUGCCAGCCAGAAACAGAUGAAGGACAGAGCUCCCUUGCAAGUGAUAUCUGAAAACCGUCUUGCUUGAUAGUGGAGAAUCGAGUGAUAUUUGAAAACGUCUUCACUAUGUGUAAUUGGAUUUUAUCUGAUUGGAUUUUUGGUAUGUAAUGCAGAUGAAGGACAUAGCUCCCUUGCAAGUGAUAUCUGAAAACCGUCUUGCUUGAUAGUGAA